CAACAAGGAGAGACACACUUCUCAACUGUCAAAAUGACAAGCCAUGAUAAUAACCAAAAGCGAACAAAUCCGCCUGGAAAUGAUGCGGAGGACAAAAGUGAGGAUGAUUAUGAAGUAUUUUCAACUCCUUAAGAGCAGCUGCAUCUGGAAACCCGAAGAAAACCAGCUGAGUUCUACUAGCUUAUUGAUACUAAAGGAGGGAGAUAUCGUGCACGUGUCAAAAAAUACAACAAUCCUGCUAAUGUAAUUUAAGGAACCUUUUCCCCAACAGAAACCGCCCUGUUUUACUGACCUUAUACAGUUCCCAACCGCAUCUACAUACCAACUGGACGAAGAAGUGUAUCUGCAGGCCGCAGGCCAGCAAGCACCAGCUGGACCAUACAUUAUCAUUGCAGUCCUCGGCAAUGAAAUGUAUACCAUCAAGUUGAAAGACACUGGUGUGGAACACCCAAGUUCUGUCUCAUCAAACAGUCUUUUGGUCAAGUCCUAGAGAGCUUCUGGGAGCAGGUACUUGAAUCCCAAUGUUAACCAUCAAACCUGAGCCACUAACGAUCCCAGGAAUAUCAAAAGAUUCGAUUCCAUGCUCACUUUUACAACGCCCAUACAGUGAGCUUUUACGAGGAAGGAGAAUUCAAGUGCAGCGGUGCUUACUAAUGCUACUUCAGAGCCUUAUCGGCUGCCUGCUGUAUCAUUGCCCAACUCUUCUACCCUAUUGGUCGGGUCUCGUC